GAGGCUGAAAACUCAUCCCAUGAGUCCAUGGAUGAAGAUAUCCAAGACAGUGAUGAGGAAGAUUUAGGAAGAUACAAGACGGAAGGCCAGUUACUUAGAGGCAUGCCAGCAGAGGUUGUUCCCUACAGAGACUCAGAGAUUACCAGAAGAGAAGAAUCAGAUGAAGAUGCAUAUGAGAACAAGAUCCCCCAGCUCCAGCAGUGGGCAGUGCGGUGGAUGGGCAUCCGAAAGGACGAUUGGACUAUUUCUCUUGGAAUUGGUUUAGUCACCUUUGCUUCUCUGGAAACCACUGGGAUAUACUUUGGUCUAGUGUAUCGAAUCCGGAGCGUGGUUGACAGCUUCAUUCCUCUGAUUGCCAAAUUCAGGCCAACAGCCGUGAGGAAAACUGCCUAGGAGGAGUAUCUCAGAAGAGUUCUGCAAAACACUGCUGCCUGAGUUUCAAGUAGUAAAAGAACUGAAAAGACAAU